UAUGGAUCCGUCAGUUCAUCUCAUUGCUUCUCGCGUUAUUUAGAAAUUGUGUGCAAUGGCGGCGGUGUGGGAGUUUGUUCGUGCCAAAUUUUGGAGCAAGUGGUUUUGGCUACCCGAAGCUUACACUUGGGAUGAUUUUAAAAAUGUAGACAAUGGAAUAUAUCACCCGCAAGUCUCGGACUUAUUGGUUCCCAUUCCGUUAGCAAUAUUGCUGUGUGUGAUAAGAAUUAUAUUUGAAAGGUAUGUGGCUCGUCCAUUUGGAAGAUACUGUGGUCUGAAAGAUUCAGUUCCCAAGUGCAGACCAUGUCCAGUUUUGGAAGAAAUUUAUAAGAAAAGGAAAUUUCCCAAUUAUUCUGAAAUAGAGGGAGUGUCGAAGCAAACCGAUCUCAGCGUACGACAGAUUGAGCGAUGGUUUCGUCUGCGCCGCAUUCAAAACAGACCACCUGUGUUAUCAAAGUUUGGAGAAGCAAGUUGGAGAUUUUUCUUCUACAUUGUAGCAUUCUGGUAUGGUGUCUUCAUAUUGUACAAUAAACCGUGGGUAUGGGAUUCGAAGCAAUGGUGGGUCGGCUACCCCCAUCAUCACGUAUCAAAUGACAUCUACUAUUACUAUGCAUUCGAGUCGGCAUUCUACAUAUCACUGAUCAUGUCUCAGUUUAGAGACGUUAAGAGAAAAGACUUUGCCGAGAUGAUGGUCCACCACUUUGCGACACUCAGCCUGAUGUUUCUGUCGUGGUGUCAGAACAUGGUGCGCGUCGGCUGCAUGGUACUCGUGGUUCAUGAUGCCGUCGACUACUGGCUCGAGGCAGCAAAGAUGGCCAAAUAUGUCAAACGGCAAAAGAUCUGUGACACAAUGUUCACAAUAUUUUUCUUGGUGUGGAUAGUAACAAGAAUGAUGUUUUUCCCAUUUAAGAUAAUUCGCUCCACGCUGUUCGAGGCCCACACGAUUGUUGGCAUCUGUAACGUGUACUUCGUGUACAACAUCUUGCUCAUCACACUGCAGGUUCUGCACAUCUUCUGGUUCAUCAUCAUCGUCAAGAUGGCCUACGCAGCUCUCAAGAAGGGGGAGCUGGGGAAUGACAACCGAAGUGCGAGUGAGGAGGAAAUAUCUGAAGAGAGUGAGGGGGAAAGACUGCCAGACAGCAAUGACCAGCCAAAGAUGGCAAACAGUCGGAACGGAGUUAUCUCCUCCAGGGCACUUGGCCGCCGCAUCAAGACUUCCUAGACAACAGGGGUGAAGGAUGGGUGCUAUAAGGUGGUGGUUGGGUGGAACAGGAGGGUGGGUGUGCUGGAAGGUGAGUGUGUGGAGAAGUCUUCACCUGGAUGGGUUGUCUCCCAUGCUGUCUUGAUGAAAAAUAAACCAACCAAUUUAUAAGAUCCACUUGAAUUGUGGAACAUUCCAAAAUAGAAAAUAUGUGCUAUUUUUAGGUCCAAUUUCCACAUGAGUGGUUGUUGAAGAACCUUUUUAAGAAGAUACUGUUAUAAACCUAUCCAAUGUGAAUUUCUAAUUCUUCACUGAUGGGUGGAAAUUAAGAACUAUUUUCAUGGUCUGGAGAACUAGUUAUCUAGAAAAGUUACUUGUCCCCAUGAAAAGUCGCUAGUUACCUGCCCUCUCACACACAUUAUUGAUUGAAAACAUUGAUUGAUUGACCGAUAUGCAAUAUUUGUAGAGAAAAAUAUAUCCCCUCCUCCCCCCCCCCCCCCCCCCCCCCCCCCCCCCCCAAAAAACAACAACAACAACAACAACACCCCAACACAAAACAAACCCAACUAAUAUAACUGUUAUAAUUGCAUUUAAACAUAUCUAACUGGCCUGUGGGAAUAGCAAUAUUUAAAUUGAUUUUUGUUUCUACCUCUGCAACAUUGCGUUGAGAUAGAUAUUUUAGGUUUUAGACGGACUGGUGGGUAGCAUUUGUAACUUAAAGAUUUUAAAUUGUGAUUAGCAAAAUAUUUUACCAGCAUUGAAUUUAAUUAGCAAACUUUAGAAUGUAUUAGCCAGUCCACUGUUUACUAGUUUAUCUCUGAUUUUAUACACUUGACGACAAAUGUAGGUUGUUUCCCCGUUUGUUUGAAAAUACAGGUGUUUCGGUGAAUAAUUUUAUUAUUAUUUAUAACUUUGGAAAUCUACCUUAACACAUACCAGCAACAAAAGAAUUUAGUUCAGUGUUAUAUUAUAGAUUUGAGUUGUUCAUAUUUUUAUUUAUAACCGGUUAUGGAAUUUGAACAUAAUCAUAGCAUAUUUUAUAUUAUUUCAUUGUCUUUCCUCUGUGAAAUGAACAUAUUGAAAAACCCUUUGUGUAAACAAAUAAAUGAGCAUAGGAAUUCUACAUCAAAUUGUUAAAUACUACUGUAACUAUAGAAACUUAUGUACAUAGGUACUACUUUUUUCAAAAGUAAGAAAAAUAAGAAUGUUCAGAAUCAAACACAACUGAAUAGUUUUGGCUUUUUUAUAUUCUAUAUCUGUUUAAUGAAAUGCAUCUUCACCUCACAAAAAUCAACCAAAACGCCAUCCUUAAUAUACAAAGACAGAGAUGAAUAUUUUCUGUAAUUAGGAUUGUGAUGUUACAUCCCUAGAUCCAUCACAAAAUUGCUCACUUGACCUUUAGGUCAACGUAUAGUGUAGGUAAAACAACACAAAUAAUUGUUUUGCCCAUAAUGUUUGAUGUUUUGCAGGAUAAAAAUAAUAACUAGUUAAUGACUUAGGAUAUCAGCUUUAUCCUGUUAAGGCUGAAUGGAAAAUUUUCCCAUUCUUGCCAUCAAAGGAUAAUGCUAAUAUCCUACUUAGGUAACUGGUUAUUCUCUUUUUCCACAUCCAUUAAGUUUCCAAUCUGGGGCCUAAUUCACAAAGGUCUCUUAGGCUCUGCUAGACAACAAAGCAUCCUCUUUGUAAGUCUUUUAGCAUUACACUGCGAGAUCGCAAUGUUGCAAGAGUUUUGUGAAUUAGGCCCCCUGGACUUUAAAAACUUGUACAAACCCUUCCCUUCCCAAACAGAAGGAGGAGAGAAAAACCCAAAUGAAAGGACAAAUAAUUUGACAAAGAAGCUAAGCUGUGCCAGGUUUUUUCAGCCUUGCAAUCAAUGUCUGCACUCAAUCCUUGAUGCUAACAUUAUACAAUGUGAUUGUCACAUGAUACUCAGUAGAAUGUUACCAGUCUGAAUUCACUGUAUGCUCUCAUAGCCAAAAACGAUUGCCAGAAUAAUCGGAUAAUGGAUUACACUGUUGGGACAGUAGAUAUAGUCCAACGGGCAGAUGGUACACACCAGGAGGCACACUUCCCUUCUAAUCUGCUUUAAGGAAAACAAUAGCUUAGUGGUGCUAAAGACCAUACGUUAAAACCAGUAAGACCCAUUGCAUUUUUAAUUGGAAUGUUUUGAAUGAUUUGUUUCUGAAUUUUGUGGAGAUUUAAAAAUUAUGCAUGUGCUGAAUUUAAAUGUAUAUUAAAAAGACCAGUGAAACAUUAAACUUAAAAGUGACUGUUUAGCCGAGAAAGUCCUGAGAAAAGUAGUGAGAGAGCAAACCCACUGUCACCAUAUGCCUGGACUACUCUUUUAAUUUUAUUUUGAUUAGUGGCAAGGAAUCUUUUAUAUGCACCACAAUGAUACAAAUAAAUCUACUUGUCCAUCAAUACUUUCAUUUGUCCAAAUAAGUUGUUAGUUUUAUUCAAAUGCAAGGACAUUAGUUUUGAUUCUUCAAAAUGAAACUGCAUUGAAAUUUUUCACUUGUCUACUGGACAAUCACUGAGGUACAUUUUCGCUUGUCCGAGCAGAUUUUCACCUGUUAAGACAAACGGACAAGUGCUUACUUCGUACACUGCACCAUCCCACAAACAGGGUAGUACAUACCAAUCUUUGUUACACCAUUUGGCUGGAACAAGAAAUGGACCAACAGGCUGACCGAUCUUAAAUCGGGUUGCACAUCUGGCUUUACCACUGGCCUACUCUAAUUACGAGAAAAAGAGUAAAUGGUAAAUAAUUAUUGUGUCUACCAAAAAAAAAGCAUAAUACACAAUAACAGUUCUGUACAAUCAUUCUAAAUUAUUUAGAUUUUUAAUUCCUAAUUGUCUUCACUGACAAAACAUUAUGAAUGGAUCCAUAUUUGCAAGAGAGAUCACUCAUUACAAACCACUCAUUUUAGAUUUAUCAGUGGCUUUGUUUUACUAAUUAAUAUUUAAUUUCUAAUUUCAAACAAUUUCUAAAAUUGAUAUAAUCGGGUUAGAUAUCAAAAAUUAUGUUUUUAAAUGAAACAAAACAAAACAAAAUUAUGUUACACAGUGAAAAAGAGGUUUUCCUUUUUGUGACAGUGGGCAAUGCAUUUAGGUCCAUAAUAAACUUUUAUUUCUAUUUAUGAAAAAUCACAAGUGCUAGAACGAAACUGCAUGUGCACAUGCACCAGGAAUAAAUCAGUAAUCACUUAAACAGGGUGUGUAUUUUACAUCACUGGUUUUUAAGAAUGUAUUUGAUUAUUUCACUAUCCUGUUUAUAUAUAUUUAAAAAAAAAAAAAAUCUCCAACCCUUUUUUCUUAGCCAUAAAUAAUGUAAUAAAAUAUUUGUUAUAAUUAGCCAUACAAUAAAAAAUUUUUUAAAUUAUUAAGCAUACCAUAUCUUUUUUAAAUCAUUAUUAUUAACCAUACAGUAAUAUUUCUUUGGCCAUCAUACUUGUCUGUGAUAUUUUGUUUCACGUUUUUUUUUUUAAUUUGCUUUAUGUACAUGAUUGGCCUGUUUAUAAUUCACUUAGCGUAUGUACUUGUAUUAUGCAUCUCUCAAAUAACUCCUGUAUACACUCAGUUUAAUUCCAUUGGUUGUUUUUGUUAUUUUUGCUAAUGCUGUUUAUUGUGUUAGUAAAUGUUACGUUAGUUGAUUUUUUUUAUUGUGUAAUAUUUAUUUUUGCCAGAUUGUUUUGCUACAUUCGCUUUGUUCAUCUGUUGUAUGAAAUGACAGGAGAACCAAAUUGAUUCAUAUCACCCCAUGUAAUCUUAGGUAACGAAUUGUGAUUAAAAAAAAAAAAACCCCUGAAUAACCUGACUAUCAUCUCAACUUGUUUUUCGUCCCCUACAGGUCCAACCAGAGGGAACUAUAGGUUUCGUCUCUGUCCUUCUGUCGGUCUGUCUGUCUGUCAUAUGGUUUUCCGACAUCUUUUUCAGAAUGCCUCACAAUAUUGAGCUGCAAUUUUGUGUAUAGCAUUAUUAUGUACCGUUACAGAUAAUUUUUGACAGAGUUAUGGCCCUUGAACACAGGAGAUAUGAAAAUUAGCUUUACAGACUUUUUUUUCUUCUUCGAUACUGAGCUGAAAUUUUAUGUCUAGCUUUACCAUGUACUGCUAUAGACUAAGUUUGAUGUUCAUGGCGAUUUACCCAUUUUUCAUAGAAUUAUGGCCGUUGAACGGAGAUACGGAAAUUUGUUCGGCUCAGUGGGGGACAUAUAUUGCUUUGGCUGUACUCUCAGAAUGCUUGUUUCAAACAUAAUUUUAUUAUGAGUUACAGGUUAUUAAGUUCAUGUCCUGAGUGAAAUGAGUUUUAGUGAAUGACAAUUGAAAAUUAUUUCACAAAGGAAAUAAACUUGAUACAGAGCUAAUUAUUCUAUUUGUUAAAAAAGUUUUGUUUUCUUCUUCAUUAAUGUUGAUUUUUGAUAGACAUGUAUACAUACAAAAUUACAGUAUGUAAACCACUCUAUAUACAGUGAAACCCCUCAAAACCAGAUACUCUGUAUACCGGAAUUCCUCAAAACCAGACCCUCUGUAAACUGGAAUUCCCUCAAAACCGUUUUUCACUGUGCCUUUUUAAAUAUCAGUAUAUAACAGAACCUCCCUAAACCUGAUGCCCCAAUACACCAGACUGUUUACUUGGUCCUUUGGGUGUCCGGUUUAGAUGAGUAUCACUGUACUUUUGUUAAUGUUGCUUUGAUUUUUUGUUUUAAUCACGUUCACACAUUGUUCUUUAAAACACAAGUUCUGUUUAUUUAGUUCAAUUCUGGUAACCAAGAAAUUAUUUUAAUGUCAUGUUUUGUUACAAAUGUACACAGAAAUAGAUACAUGCAAACCUAUGUGACAUGAUUAUAAACAUUUGAAAACUUACGAUGUCGUCAUAUUUAGUACAGAUUAGGUCAUUGGUUUGUAUGUGCUCAAAUCGCCCAGUAACUUAGUACAUUGCACCAAUGAGUGAUUCUUUCUCAGUGAGAAAACAUUAAAACUAUUUCUGCAUUGUGAGUAA